AUGGGUGUGGAUAUUCAACUUAAGGACGGCUACACAAUCUGUUUCCUCGGCUGCGGUACCAUGGGUACUGCCGUGCUAGGAGCUGUGCUCGAUUCUCUAAGCAAGGGUAACAAGGAGGGUGACGCCCCGAAGCCCGGCAAGUUCAUGGCCUGUGUGACCCGACAGGAGUCCGCUGACCGAUUGCACAAGGAUCUGACCUCCUCUGCCCCUGACAUUCCCGUCGAGAUUCUUAUCAAUGACAACGGAUCUGCCUACAAGGCUGAUGUGUUUGUUCUCGGAUCCAAGCCCUACAUGGCCGAGAAGAUCCUGACUCCUCUGCAGCAAAUGCUGGAGGGCAAGGUUCUGGUUUCGCUGCUUGCCGGAAAGACCAUUGCCGACAUUGAGAGCUACUCUGGCCGAUGCCCCAAGCCUUUGGUUGUUCGAGCCAUGACCAACACUCCUUCUCGAAUCGGAGCCGGUAUGACCGUUCUGUCGUUCCCCGAUAACGCUACCGUUGACGAGAGCGUUGUCAACGCUGUGUCCUGGAUCUUUGAGCAGACCGGAAAGUGCAUCACCCUCGAGGAGAAGCAAAUGGACGUCUCCACUGCUUUGUGUGGAUCUUCCCCUGCUUUCUGCUUCCUCAUUAUCGAGGCUCUGGCCGAUGGUGCUGUUCGAAUGGGCAUGCCCUACAACACUGCCUUCCAGUGUGCAGCUCAGUCCAUGCUGGGAGCUGCCAAGAUGGUUGUUGAGUCUGGCCAGCACCCUGCCGUCCUCAAGAGCGCUGUGUGCACUCCUGGCGGAACCACUAUUGGAGGACUGCUUGCUCUGGAGGACAAGGGCGUUCGAUCUUCCGUUGCUCGAGCCGUGGAGGAGUCCACUAACAUCGCUAAGUCUCUUGGUGGCGGUGCUGCUAAGAAAUAA